GAUCGUCAAUUUGGCGGCACCGACGUUCUCUGGGCACAAUGUAGUCGUACAAUUGAUUACAAAUAGCCUUGAUCUUGAUUCGGGAAGCUGUUGGGCUGCAAAAGAAAGGAUUCUGGAAUAAAAGCUUCAACUCCGACACCAAAUGUGACACUUUUAUGACAUUAUUCAACUGGUCGAAAAAGAGGCGUCAAAAACCACGCGUCUUCGGGAUUUCUGUGCGCUUUUCCUCUCCAGGAAAAUGGAAAAUGCUGACAAUAAGGACAUGAUUCUGGAUCUCAGCAUCGUGAAGGAAGAGUACGUGAUUCAGGAAUUUGACUUGGCGGAGCAGGAAGAUGAUAAAAGCCAAAUUCCGGUUUAUCGGCAAGAGAAUGGGAGUGACAAGGUCAAGAAUGAGGUGGAGAAGAAGCACAUUUGUGCCAUUUGUGGCAAGGCGUUCCGUCAUCGCCGGGAUAUUCGGUAUCACAUCACAAUUCACUCCAAGGAGCGCAAGCACAAGUGCCGGCAAUGCCGGAAGACUUUCACAGAUGAGCGUCGGUUGCUGACACACCUGAAGAUCCAUGCCGAUGGGCAGUUGCACGAGUGUAAGUUGUGCAGCAAGACCUUCCCCAAUGUGCAGUACCUGAGGAUUCACUUGAAGAGACACCUCGGCAUCCGGCGUCACGAGUGUCGCCACUGUGGCAAGACGUUCCUCGAGACGCGCAGCCUGAAGUUCCACAUUGUGCGCUUCCACGAGGACGCGGCCACGACGGAGUUGCCCAAUAACAGAUUCACGUGUCAUCACUGCGGCAGGAUCUCAAUUGACAACAUUGCGCACGAAUUGCACGUGCUCACGCACUCGGAUGAGCGCACGAUUGAGUGUCCGCGCUGUCCGAAGAUGUUCAAGCAUCGGGUGCAUCUGAGAGUGCAUCUGAAGACUCACAGGACUGACAAGUCCUUCAGCUGUGGCAUCUGCAGCAAGGCCUUUAAGACUGCCCAACAGUUGCGCGUGCAUGUGAAGAGACACAAGAUGCUGCUCUUCAACUGUCCGUACUGCCCGAAGUGCUACAGGGACAAGAAAGCGUGCAAGUUGCACGUGUGGAAUCAUCACACAGGACUGCCUCUGGACAUUACAGACGGUCCCGUGUCCUGUACAGCCUGCCAUCAAGUGUACGACAGUCUGGAUAAGCUGAUGAUUCACGUUGGCGUGCACGCGGGUGAGAAAUCCUUCCAAUGUGCCAUUUGCCAGAAGGACUUCAUUGACAAACGAAAGCUGCGCACACACAUGAGACUUCAGCACGAGCGUCCGGAGGCGCUGAAUAAGGUGCUGAAGUGCAGUGUGUGCGGCAAAGGAUGUCGCGGAAGGACGCAUUUGGCUCUUCAUCAGGCUCUUCACACGGAUGAGUUGCCAUUUGAGUGUGCCAUUUGCUCGAAGAGAUUCAAGCGGAAGACGCAAAUUGCCGCUCAUGUGAUGACGCACAGCAAGGAAAGGAAAGUCUACAGUUGCCAGAUUUGUGGCAUCGAGCGGAUGAGCUUGAGGAGUGUGAGAAAUCACGAAAGCACGCACAAGAAAGGUGAGAAGUUGAUGGAGUGCAAGGUUGAGGGAUGUAAGAAGGCGUUCAAUAAGAAGACAUUUCUCAACGAGCACAUUGCGAAGACACACAAGGAAGUGUGGCAGACGAUGGUGUCAAAGAAACCGGCGACGAAGACUGAAGCGCGCGUGAAGAAGGUGAAGGAGAAGAGACAUGUUUGUGCUAUUUGUGGAAAGGCUUUCUACCAUCGCAGAGAUAUUCGACAUCAUGUGACCAUUCACUCGACUGAGAGGAAGUUUCCCUGCUCGAAGUGCCCGAAGAGAUUCACCAGCGAGCAGCGAUUGAACACACACAUGAGACUACACGAUGAUGAGAAUGGUCCGUAUCCGUGUGAAGUGUGUGGAAAGGUGUUUAGAAUCUCAGAGUAUCUGAGAAUCCAUCUGAAGAGACACACUGGCGAGGAUUGUGUGAAUUGUCAGGUAUGCGGCCUGAGAUUGGCGAGUUUGAGGAAUCUGCGGAAUCAUCUGAAGAGUUUUCAUGAAGAGACAGACACGGGCUUUCCACGCAAUCAAUUCACCUGUGACAUUUGUGGGAAGAAUUGCUACAACAAGCAAUCCUUCGAUGGUCACAUGUUCAGUCACACGAACGAGAAGUCCGUGAAGUGCUCCAAAUGCCCGAAGAUGUUCAAGUCUGUGAAGCACGUGAAGGUGCACGAGAAGAUUGUGCAUGAUGAGGUGAAGCUCUACUUCUGCGUGGUGUGCAGCAAAGUGUACAAGAGCAAGCAUGUGUUCAAGAAUCACCUCGAUGCUCAGCACAGAGGCUUUCCCAUGGAGAUCAUUGAUGGUCGUCCCAUGACUUGCACAGCGUGCAAGGAAGUCUUUCACACCAUCAAGACGCUCAAGGAACACAUUCGCAUUCACGCUGACGAGAGACCGUUUGAGUGUCCGGAAUGUGGGAAGGGUUUUAAGCAAAGACGUGUCCUUAAAGCUCACAUCGUUGGUCUUCAUGGGUGCACUGACAAGCCCUCGAGGAUCCUCAAGUGUCCUCAGUGUGGCAAAGGAUGCCGCGGAAAGACAUAUUUGAACCUUCAUCUUGCCACUCACACCAUCGACGCGCCCUUCGAAUGCGCUCUCUGCGCCAAGACGUUCAAACUCAAGUCUCACGUGCAGCAGCACGUGAUGAGGCACAGCAAGGAGAGGAAGACAUAUCCUUGCAAGACGUGUGGCAUGCAACUGGUGAGUCUCAGGAGUCAUCGAAGGCACGAGGCGAAGUGCGAUAGAGAUAAGAAAGGGGUGAAAUGUCCAAUGAAGAAGUGCACAAAAGCCUUUUCCCAGGAGAAAUACUUGACGGCUCACAUUCACACUGUUCACAUGAAGGGGAAGAAGAGGAAAGUCGCUAAGAUCGAGGGGGAAAAGGAUGUUAAGAGUGAGGAGAAAGUGUCCAAGAUGCCAAAGGACAAAUCGGUGAUGCGAUUCUUCUGCACUGUGUGCAAUAAAGGCUUCCACUACAACAAGGAUCUUCAGUAUCACUCGUCAAUUCACGUGACUGAGAAGACUGUGCGGUGUCUGAAGUGUGAGAAAACCUUUGCAGAUGAGCGAAGGAUGUUGACACACAUGAGAAUUCACUCUGACGGUGGACCGCAUGAAUGCAAGCUGUGCCAGAAGGUGUUCAAGAAUCCCGACUAUCUCCGGUAUCACUUGCUAAGGCACAUGGGCGUGAAGAAGUUCUCGUGUCAGGAGUGCGACAAGAAGUUCGUCACCUCGCGCACGUGGAAGCAUCACAUGGUGCGAGAGCACGAGGGAAUGGGUGUGCCGAGGCCGGAGAAGAUCACCUGUGAUCAGUGUGGCGAUGCGUUCGGCAACAAGUUGUACCUCAGGAAGCACAUUGAGAGGCGUCACAGCGACGAGAGGAAGUUCACGUGCUCGCGAUGCGACAAGACGUUCAAGUGCAGAGAGGAUGUGAGGAAGCACAUGAGAGUGCACAGUCCGUGGAUAUACACUUGUCCCGUGUGCAGCAGGAAAGUCAGACACAGAGGAUACUUGGUGAGACACAUGGAAGCACUUCACAGAGGCGUUCCAGCGGAUAUUAAGGAUUCUAAUGCUCCUUUGGCUUGUACAGCGUGCAAAGUGCAGUUUGCAAAUCUCAAAGUCCUGAUGGCACACAUUGGCGUGCACGCCAAUGAAAGGCCACACGAAUGCUCGAUGUGUGGGCAGGGAUUUAAGGAGAGGCGCGUUAUGUUGGUGCAUGUGAAGCAAAGUCACCAUGGGAAGGAAAAGAUGAAUCUGCUGAAGUGCUCCAAGUGUGGAGAAGCUUGUCGUGGAAGAAGUGAAUUGGCAGUUCAUUUUGCCACUGUUCAUCUCAAGACUGAAGCUCUGGAGUGCGCCUUUUGCUCCAGGAAGUUCACAUCGAAGAUCGGCAUUGGCAAACACAUGAUCAAGCACAGUCAGGAAGGGUAUUUGAAGCCUAAGGAAGGAAGGAAGGAUGACCAGAAAAACAUUACGGGUGUUAAAAUUGAGAUUGAAAGUGAUUAAAGUGCCUUUCAUUCGUCUUUUCAAAAGGUAAGAACAUAUGAUUUUAUUCUUUCACUCCUC